CAUGAGCUCCCCCGGCCCGGAGGGCGCGGGCAAGCCCCCGCAAUACCGCGUGGAUCACCUGCUGAGCGCCGUGGAGAGCGAGCUGCAGGCGGGCAGCGAGAAGGGCGACCCCACGGAGCGGGAGCUGCGCGUCUCACUGGAGGACAGCGACCUGUGGCUGCGCUUCAAGGAGCUCACCAACGAGAUGAUUGUCACCAAGAACGGCAGGAGGAUGUUCCCGGUGCUGAAGGUGAGCGUGUCGGGGCUGGAUCCCAACGCCAUGUACUCCUUCCUGCUGGACUUCGUGGCGGCCGACGGGCACCGCUGGAAGUACGUGAACGGGGAGUGGGUGCCGGGCGGGAAGCCGGAGCCGCAGGCGCCCAGCUGCGUCUACAUCCACCCCGACUCGCCUAAUUUCGGCGCCCACUGGAUGAAGGCGCCCGUCUCCUUCAGCAAAGUCAAACUCACCAACAAGCUCAACGGCGGCGGGCAGAUCAUGUUGAACUCCCUGCAUAAGUAUGAGCCAAGGAUUCAUAUAGUGCGAGUGGGUGGCCCACAACGGAUGAUCACCAGCCAUUCCUUCCCAGAGACCCAGUUUAUAGCCGUGACGGCCUACCAGAACGAGGAGAUCACAGCUUUAAAAAUUAAAUACAAUCCGUUUGCAAAGGCAUUUCUUGAUGCAAAAGAAAGAAGUGAUCACAAAGACAUGAUGGAGGAAGUGGGAGAUAAUCAGCAGUCUGGGUAUUCACAGUUAGGUAGUUGGCUUAUUCCUGGGACUGGAACUCUGUGCCCACCUGCCAAUCCUCAUGCCCAGUUUGGAGCCCCCCUGUCACUCUCCCCUGCUCACAGCUGUGAAAGGUACUCAUCGCUGAGGAACCACCGUCCUGCCCCCUAUGCCACCCCCUACACUCAUAGAAACAACUCACCAACAGCCUAUGCUGAUAACUCCUCUACCUGCCUAUCCAUGCUGCAGUCCCAUGACAACUGGUCUUCUCUAGGAGUUACUACACACACAACGAUGCUGCCCAUGAGUCACAGCACUGGCACAGCUACCAGCUCCAGUCAGUACCCCAACUUAUGGUCUGUGAGUAACAGCACCAUCACGCCGGUGUCUCAGUCAAGCGGGAUGUCCAACGGCCUGAGCUCCCAGUUUUUGCGUGGCUCUCCUGCACACUACACUGCUCUUCCUCACCCGGUCGCAGCCACCUCCUCUGCCUCCCCGCUGUACGACGGUGGGGCCUCCACGGACCUGCCCGACAGCCAGUAUGAUGCCUCCACACAUGCCAGGCUGGCAUCCACGUGGACGCCUGUCACGCCCCCUUCCAUGUAAACCUUGACCUUUUCCUCUAAGGCAGACUUCUUAGCUACUGAAUUACUUUUAAGUGCUUAAUCCUCAAGGAAGACAAAAAGGAGACAUGAAAGAAACUGCAAACAAAGCAUCUGCACUGCUUUGCAUAGAGCAUCUACAUUAUACCUCUUAUAGUGAACAGUGCAUCACUGACUUCAUGUAGAGUUUACAAACUGGUGAGUGUGCAAUUAUGAGAGCAGAUUCACUGCUUUUAAACUUUUUCAUUUUUUGAAGUUUGAUAGAUCUAAGUUUUAAGGUUUUUACUUAGGUUUCAAAUUUCUCAGUGUUCUCAUAUAUUUGGACCUGAAGUUUGGCGUCAUUCUUGAGUAAGUUACUCAUAACUGUUUUUCAGUUAAUUUUUUUAAGUGGCAAACUUAGCUAUAGGCAUGAGAAGACUUUUAUUAACCAUCUAGUUAGAAGCAUUCUGAUAUAUGCACAAAUGUAGCUGAGGAGAGAAGUUUUUGGAAAAUCAUGUGCACUAACACGUAUUUGCCUCACAAAUACGUUGUGUUCUUAACUGUAUGCUUAUUUCCUUGCUGCUGAAUUAAUGUUGAGACAAUCUGCAAGAACUAUAAUCCUCCCAAUAAAAACAGUAUUAAUGUUUGGUCUAAAAAGUUUUACCCAAAAGACUCCUCUUAGAGGUAAGUUUUGCUGUUUGAUCAUAUAGAUUUCAAAUACCCAUCAGCUUAACUAAACAUCUCAUUUCAAACAGCUGGUGUCUAAUUAGGAACCCUAUCCAAAGCGUUGUGAGACAUUGAAAAUACAUCACUGGUUUUUGUUGGGU